GGGGAGGUGACCGCGGCCCGCCCGGGCCACCAGUGGCCGCGCGCGGAGGGAACGCCGGGCGUAGAGAGCAGCAUUGGCCAGGGCUUCCAGGACCACGUCAGAAUGUUCCGCCAGAUGCGUCCUUGAGAGGCUGAAAAGAGUUGUGCAGUAUGGAGGCUGGCUCUGUGGUCCGAGCCAUCUUUGACUUCUGCCCUAGCGUCUCAGAGGAACUGCCGCUCUUCGUGGGAGAUGUCAUUGAGGUGUUGGCCGUGGUGGAUGAGUUUUGGCUUCUGGGAAAGAAGGAAGAUGUUACAGGACAGUUUCCCAGCAGUUUUGUGGAGGUUGUGACGAUCCCCAGUCUGAAGGAGGGUGAGAGUCUGUUUGUUUGCACCUGCGAAUUCACAUCUCGGGAGCUGAACAGUCUUUCUCUCCAUCGAGGAGACCUGGUGGUUCUCGAUGGUGCUCCGACUACAGGAUGGCUGCAGGGCCGAAGCUGUUGGGGUGCCCGGGGCUUCUUCCCAUCGUCCUGUGUUCGUGAGCUGUGUCUGUCCUCGCAGAGCCGACAGUGGCACUCACAGAGUGCAUCGCUUCAGAUUCCAGAAUACUCCAUGGGACAAGCACGGGCACUCAUGGGGCUGUCUGCCCAGCUGGAUGAGGAACUGGACUUCAGGGAAGGAGAUUUGAUUACCAUUAUCGGAGUUCCUGAGCCAGGCUGGUUUGAGGGAGAGCUGGAGGGGCGGAGAGGCAUUUUCCCAGAAGGCUUUGUAGAGCUUUUGGGGCCCCUGAGGACUGUGGAUGAGUCGGUAAAUUCUGGAGGUGGAGACAGCUGCCUCGCUAAUGGUGAUGUGGACAUCUCUACGGAAGAAACAGAAAGUGGGGCUGACGAGGAUGACCACCCUUCGGGGACCUAUGGACUUGCCCUCUACAGAUUCCAAGCCCUGGAGCCCAAUGAGUUGGAUUUCGAGGUUGGGGAUAAAAUCCAGAUUCUGGGAACCUUGGAGGAUGGAUGGCUUGAAGGACGUUUGAAGGGCAGGACAGGUAUCUUUCCCCACCGCUUUGUGAAGCUUUGUCCUGGCACCAGGACAGAGGAAACCGUGGUUCUGCCCCCGGAAGACAGUCUCCCUAAGAACUCUGAAAACCCUGUGGACGGGUUGGAGACCUCAGUGGUGGAGGAGGCACGACUCGAACCACAGGAGACAGGAGCAGACAGGCCUGACUGGGGUCUGUCUGAACAAACCCCUGCUCGCCUAGGUCAUGGGGUCCCUGCAGGUGUUGUAAAUAAGAACUCUGGCCAGGGUGAUGAUGCCUCAGGAAGCUGCCCAGGUGUGGAUCUUGAUAGGCCUCUUAUUAAAGACCCUUCCACACCUGACCCCUCAGAGAUAGUCAAUGGCAUUUAUUCCCAGCCUCGGGGACCUUUUCACCCCCAAAUGCAGAAAAGUCAGUUUUCUUCUCCAGCAGGAGAGAGCCGCCAGAGCUCAGACCCAUUCUCUGAGUUUGUCCCUCCUGAAGCCAGGACUAGGGACUACUCUAGCCUGCCUCCCCAAAGAACAUAUGCCCAGGGUAGGUCCCUCCAGAAGCCAGCACCCCCACUCCACAGGGCCUCCUCCCUCGUGGCCUCUAGGAUAGCCAAACCUAGCUACUUAAGCCCUCGGGCUCUAGCCAGCUGUGCUCAGAAGCAUCAACCAUCUGCAGAAAAUGCCUUCAGCCUCUAUUCCGCACCAGAGAGACCAGAGAGGAGGCCUGAGCCACCAGACAAGGGGUCCGCCACAGAAGUAACCACAGCAUCACAGGGGGACAGCAUUGACCUGGAUUCCAAGUUGACCCAGCAGCUGAUCGAGUUUGAGAAGAGCCUGUCCGAGCCCAGAACAGAGUCAGAUAAAAUCGUCCGCCGCUUUUCAAUCAUGAAUUUUAACUCUGAGAAGGAUAUUGUCAGAGGUUCCUCAAAGUCGGCGCCAUCACAGGAUCCCCCAGAGAAGAGAAAGGCCCUGAGGCCGCCCCCACCCAGACCCUGUACCCCGACGCCCACUUCCUCCCACUUGCUGGUUGAUCAGAGCUCCAAACCUGCACCCAUUUUGGCUGUGCGGCCCUCCCGCCCAGCUCCCCUGCCUCCUUCUGCGCAGCAGAGGAUGAACUCAGCCUCCCCCAAGCCCACCUUCUGUGCCAGUUGGGAGGCCCCAGAGAAGGAGGGCCCUGAGCACGUGGAGCAGAGCCCAGCCCAGACUUCUCCAUGCCCCUCUGUGCUGGUGAGGAUUCAGGACAUGGAACACGACUUGGACAUGUACACCAGGGCUCAGGAGGAGCUGACCUUGAUGUUGGAGGACAAGCAGGAUGAAUCUCUGAGGGCAGAGACUUUGGAGAAUCUCAAGUUCUAUGAGAGCACCAUUCAGAGUCUGAGCCUGGAGCUCCAGCAGCUAAGAGACAUGACACUCCUCUCUUCUCAGUCUUCAUCCCUGGUGGCCCCCUCAGGGUCUGUGUCCCCUGAAAAGCCGGAGCAGAGGAUGCUGGAGAAGAGAGCCAAGGUGGUGGCUGAACUCGUGCAGACGGAAAAAGACUACAUCCGGGAUCUGGAGAUGUGCAUUGAGCGGGUCAUGGUGCCCCUGCAGCAGGCACAGGUACCCAACGUCGAUUUCGAGGGACUUUUCGGAAACAUGCAGACAGUGAUUAAAGUCUCAAAGCAAUUGUUGGCAGCCUUGGAAAUCAGCGACGCUGUAGGACCCGUGUUUCUUGAUCACCGGGAUGAACUUGAGGGAACGUACAGGGUCUACUGCCAGAACCACGAUGAAGCCAUUUCACUGCUUGAAAUCUACGAGAAGGACGAGAAGAUCCAGAAGCAUCUUCAGGACUCCCUGGCAGAUCUUAAGAGCCUGUACAACGAAUGGGGCUGCACCAAUUAUAUCAACCUGGGCUCCUUCCUCAUCAAGCCUGUACAGAGAAUAAUGCGUUACCCACUGCUGCUAAUGGAGUUGUUGAAUUCCACCCCAGAGUCCCACCCGGAUAAGGUCCCUUUAACCAGCGCAGUGCUUGCCGUCAAGGAAAUCAACGUUAACAUUAAUGAGUACAAGCGUCGGAAGGAUCUAGUGCUUAAGUACCGCAAAGGUGAUGACGACAGCCUCAUGGAGAAGAUCUCUAGGCUGAACAUCCACUCCAUCAUCAAGAAGUCCAACCGGGUCAGCAGCCACCUGAAGCACCUCACAGGGUUCGCUCCUCAGCUAAAAGAUGAAGUAUUUGAAGAGACAGAAAAGAACUUCCGGAUGCAGGAGAGAUUGAUUAAAUCUUUUAUCCGAGACCUGUCCCUCUACCUCCAGCAUAUCCGGGAAUCUGCGUGUGUGAAGGUGGUGGCAGCCAUGAGCAUGUGGGAUCUGUGUAUGGAGAGGGGACACCAUGACCUGGAGCAGUUCGAGAAGGUGCACCGUUGCAUCAGCGACCAGCUCUUCACGCGCUUUAAGGAGAGGACUGAGCGGCUUGUCAUCAGCCCCUUAAACCAGCUGCUGAGCAUGUUCACGGGGCCCCACAAGCUGGUGCAGAAGCGCUUCGACAAGCUUCUGGACUUCUACAACUGCACUGAGCGUGCAGAGAAGCUCAAGGACAAGAAGACUCUGGAGGAGCUUCAGUCAGCCCGGAACAAUUACGAAGCCCUGAACGCCCAGCUGCUGGACGAGCUGCCCAAAUUCCAGCAGUAUGCCCAGGGCCUCUUUACCAACUGCAUCCAUGGCUACGCUGAAGCCCACUGUGACUUCGUGCAGCAGGCGCUGGAGCAGCUGCAGCCCCUGCUGUCGUCACUGAGAGCCACUGACCGAGAAGGCAACUUGAUUGCCAUCUUCCACGAGGAGCACAGCCGGGCCCUGCAGCAGCUUCAGGUCUUCACCUUCUUCCCCGAGUCCCUCCCUGCUCCCAGGAAGCCCUUUGAGAGGAAAACCACAGACCGCCAGUCAUCCCGGAAGUCCCUUCUUGGCAUGCCGAGCUACAUGCUGCAAUCAGAAGAGCUGCGGGCCUCCCUGCUGGCAAGGUACCCCCCUGAAAAGCUCUUCCAGGUGGAACGGAACUUCAACGCUGCUCAGGACUUGGAUGUCUCCCUUUUGGAAGGCGACCUGGUGGGUGUGAUAAAAAAGAAAGAUCCCAUGGGCAGUCAGAACCGCUGGCUCAUCGACAAUGGAGUCACCAAAGGUUUUGUGUACAGCUCCUUCCUGAAGCCCUACAAUCCUCGGCGCAGCCAUUCGGACGCCUCCGUGGGCAGCCACUCGUCCACAGAGUCAGAGCAGAGUAGCUCCUCGCCCAGGGUCCAGCGGCAGAACAGCAACAGUGCCUUGACCUUCAACUCCAACAUGACUGUGUCCUUCACCUCAGGGCUUUCCCCAAAGCAGCCCCAGGACGCCUCUUCACUGAAGGAAUGUGACCAAGGAACUCUUGGUCUGUCCUUGAAUGCCGGGAGUGCAGAAACUGGGCCUUCCAGGUGCUUUUCAGACCCAGACUCCACCUGCCAGCUUAGGUCAGGGGACUCUGCAGAUGGUGCCAGAGACGUAAGCCAACCUGUUUCGACCCUGAGGGGCUGCCAGCGAAGUUCCAGGCAUCCAGAGGUGGUAGGUUACUCUGUACCAGGGCGAAAUGAACAAGGUAAUGACUCGGUAAAAGGAAGUGCAAGAGCCUAUCCAACUCCAGAAGACAGGAACCCAAGAGCCUACCAGACUCAAGAAGACAGGAACCCAAGAGCCUACCAGACUCAAGAAGACAGGAACCCAAGAGCCUACCAGACUCAAGAAGACAGGAACCCAAGAGCCUACCAGACUCAAGAAGACAGGAGCGCAAGAGCCUAUCCGACUCCAGAAGACAGGAGCAGAGGGCUCGGAAGCAGUGAGACGGAAGGUAACCAGGUCUAUUUUGCCGUCUACACCUUCAAGGCACGAAACCCAAAUGAACUGAGUGUGUCGGCCAAUCAGAGACUCAAGAUCCUUGAGUUUAAAGAUGUCACAGGCAAUACAGAGUGGUGGUUGGCUGAAGUUAACGGGAAGAAGGGCUAUGUCCCUUCCAAUUAUAUCCGGAAAACUGAGUACACCUGAGCCCAGGUUGCCCCCACCCUCCCUUGCUGCCACUUUCAGCCCGCUGAAAGGAUCUGUGGGCCCCAGGCACCCGCUCCUGAGCGCAGGCCCCACCACACUGCCUAUCCAUAACUGGAGUGCAAGCUUUGUUCUCGAUUGGGUUGUACACCGUGAUGCUCGCUAGAAUUUGAAGUGGACCCCAGUGCUUGUCAGUGAUUCCCUGACCACAAGCAGCAGCCAAGUGCUGGUGUUGGCUUUGGGAAAUGAGAAGUUUCCAAUCAGAAAAGCAGUAUUGGAUGCAGGAAGCUUGUGCAUCGGUUGUUGCAGCCUCUGUGGUUGACUGAGCAGUCAGCUGAGAGGAAGAGGAGCAUGCUGGGAGAACCCUGCCACCAUGCCUCUGUGCUUGGUAAAGAUUUCGUCAGGAUCAUAUUAAACCUGGUGCAUCAAAGUGACUGAGACACCCCCAGUACCUGGCACCCCUUCUCUGACGUGCUCCCGAUUCCUAGUUCUUGAAAUGCUAACCUGUUCUUUCUCGCUGCUUCCUCUGUUAGGUGUUUACAGUCCUCCUUUCUUUUGACCUUGUCAGGCGUGGUCAUCUGCCUCCUCCUGAUACUCAUCGACCUUAUGUAGUCUGUGUGAUGUCACCUAACCUUUCUCCCUGUACGCCAUUAACUGACAGACUUUCCAAGACUACCCUGAGGGCAGCACUCCAGCUGGCCCCUGAAAGUAUUCACUCUGCAGUAAUCUCCAACCGGUUGAGCCUGGAGGAAGCCUGGAUGCCUUUGUCUUCCACCCAAGCACUCUGCUGCCACCUAGUGGCGUCCACACAUGCUCACAACAGUCGUGGCUUAUUUGAAGCAGGUAGAAUCAGUGGCCACAGAAGCAGCUUGUCUCAGACUUGGAAACAUGUUUUUCUUUCUCUCCAACUGCCAUACUUCAGACAUAAUAUUCAAAGCCAAACAGAUACAAAGGUGCCUAAUGAGACCUCACGCCCAAGGCUGAAAGGUGUGCGCUAAACCUCCUGUGAAGAAAUGGCCUGAGGCUUGUCUCAGCGGCCCUCAGACUCCAGCUGAGCCCUCUUGGCCCAGCCUUCCAGCCGCUGCUCUUCUAACUACACUUUUGGCCUUAAAAUCCUGGUGAAUCAGGAUGUGCCUGUGGACACCCCAGCCACAGCUUCUGCUCCACUGGUCGGGGCCUCUUAUGAAGUGUUUAUAUUUAGAGAUGUUUAUAUUUAAGUAGCUAUUUUAUAAAUAAAAGUAUUUCUAUUGG